UCUUGAUACACCUCACAACACAAAAACCCUCACAAUUAUUUUCUUUUCUUUGUCUUCAUCAAUUUGAGAACCCCUUCUCUCACUCUGCACCAACACACACACGGCCGCACACUCACACACACACACACACAUAUACAUACAUAUAUACUCAUCAUCUUCCACAAGAUCCAUCCACUCAGGGGAGUGUGCAAGCUGGCACAACCAUUGCAUGCUCUCCAACCCAUUCAAACGCCCUGUUUGUGUCACUUUCUUCAACAGCUUUUUGAUUUCAGUUUCAUACUUUCAUCGCGUAACAGAUCUGGGUUGAAUCCGGAUCAUCCAGUAUGAAAUUGGGUCAAAAAGAUUCAGAUAAAAUCAUAUGGGAUCAGAUGAGAUCAAACCCACCUCCCAUUUUGUCCAACCGGGUCGGAUCCGGGUACCCGAAGCUCAUGCUGUACCUCAUCCUCUUUGUUUUCGCAACUUAUUUUAUCUACACUCUUAAGCUCUUAAACACCCCUAAUCUCCCCUGUACUGAACACGAACAGCAAGAUCUGAUGUUCUCAACCCGGUUGCAAAACGUCACCGUUUCAGUUCCAGCUCCGGUGAUGUUGCCGGAGAAGACAGAGUUGAAGCAUCUUGUGUUUGGGAUUGCAGCUUCUGCAAAGCUGUGGGAGAAACGAAAGAAUUAUAUAAAAUUGUGGUGGAAAAAGGAGGAGAAAAUGAGGGGGAUUGUUUGGUUGGAUAACCCGGUUGAGACCCGACCCGAUGAUGGUCUCCCACCGGUUAGAAUAUCCGGGAACACUUCACAUUUUAGUUAUAAGAACAAACAGGGUCAUAGGUCAGCGAUUCGGAUAUCGAGGAUAGUUUCGGAGACAUUAAAACAAGGGAUGGAGAAUGUGAGGUGGUUUGUGAUGGGUGAUGAUGAUACAGUGUUUGUGACAGAGAAUCUUGUGAGGGUUUUGAAUAAGUAUGAUCAUAAUCAGUAUUAUUAUAUUGGGAGUUUGUCUGAGAGUCAUUUGCAGAAUAUAUAUUUUAGUUAUGGGAUGGCUUAUGGGGGAGGGGGGUUUGCCAUUAGUUAUCCCUUGGCUAAGGCCUUGUCCAAGAUGCAGGACCGGUGCAUUCAGCGGUAUCCCGGGCUUUACGGGUCCGAUGAUCGGAUGCAGGCGUGUAUGGCCGAGCUCGGUGUGCCCCUUACUAAAGAGGUUGGGUUUCAUCAGUACGAUGUGUACGGUAACUUAUUCGGGCUGCUUGCCGCACACCCCGUGACACCACUUGUCUCUUUGCACCACCUUGACGUAGUGGAGCCCAUUUUUCCAGAAGUGACACGUGUCGAAGCCCUGCAAAGACUAAUGCAACCAAUGAAAAUAGACUCGGCCGGGCUCAUACAACAGUCGAUUUGUUACGAUCAAACAAAGGGUUGGACCGUUUCCGUUUCUUGGGGGUUUGCAAUUCAAGUUUUUAGAGGAAUAUUGUCGCCCCGUGAGGUGGAGAUGCCAUCAAGAACUUUCUUAAACUGGUACCGCAGAGCGGAUUACACGGCUUAUGCUUUCAACACCAGGCCCGUGGCCCGUAACCCGUGUCAGAAACCAUUUGUGUUCUACAUGACGAAGGUUCGGUUGAAUUCUACGACAAAUAUGUCCGUUAGUGAAUAUGCACGACAUCGGGUGCCUCAUCCUCUUUGCAAAUGGAAGAUGAUUGAUCCUUCAAGUCUUGAUAAAGUUGUCGUCUUUAAAAGACCGGAUCCUCAAUUAUGGGAUAGGUCGCCGAGGAGAAAUUGUUGCAGGGUCGUGAAGUCGAAAAGGAGAGGAUUGGUUGUGGAUGUUGGAUUAUGCCGCAAAGAUGAAAUUAGUGAAGUAUAACAACAAUCAAUGGGAGAAAAAAGGCGUUACGCUUUAUUUCUUCUUUUCUUGUACGCUACUUCUUUCAUGUCGAUUUUUAGCAUAAUUUAUCCAUCUUCUUCCAAUUUCACGCGUUUAGCUACUAUAGUACGUCUUCUUUGUUCUUUUCAAGUUCUUACUAACACAAUUAGAUUAGCGAUUAUGUCAAUGUAUAAUCUUUUUUUGUAUUACACGCAAUAAACAUGUUUAUCGGGUGCA